UGAACUGAUGGCACGUUUUAUGUUGAUCCUCAUGUAGAAAAAUAUCUAUAUAAUGCCAUCAGUUUUAAAGGUCCUCAAUCUCGUGGUGUACUUAUGCACAUCUUUAUUUUUAUUUGAAAAUUUCACAAAAGGUAAUACUCAGGAUAUAAAAUAUGAGGCACAGCAGUCGUCUACAAAUGGAUCCCAUUCUGCACAUUUCGCAUGUGAUGACGACAUGGACACAUUUUCUCUGACCAGGGAUGACGUAAAUACGAGCUGGUCAUUGACACUUGAAAGACAUUAUACAAUAUUCUGGAUUUUCCUGAGCAUUAGUUGUGGAAAAUAUGAUAUCCAUAUACAGUACGACACCCAUAAACCCCAACAUUGUUCGCAGAUUGUGAGAACGUGCGAAACAACUACCAAAAGUGAGAUUGUCACUUGCAAACUCGAUUCCUAUGGACCUGUUGUAGGAAACAAAAUAAUCAUCACAAGGCUUGACGAUGGCGCAAUACAAAUUGAUGAAAUAAAACCAAUAAUAUUUGAACCUUGGAUGAUCCCGCUAAAGAGCCACACUGGUGGCAUUGAAGGCAAAAAGGCUUUAGACGCUGAUCUGAACACCAACUUUGUGACUGAAGAAAGGAACAAUGCAGCAUGGUAUAUGAUGCUGAACACUAGUUACGAAAUCAAAUGGAUACUUCUUCUUAUCAGAGGAGGAGAAUAUGAAGUGCACAUAUCUAAAACUUUACGGCAUCUAAAUACGUCGACCCUUUGCAAAAAACUGAAGUUUGAUAAUGCAGCAACAAAAUACCACAUUAUAGUAGAGUGUUUUAAAAAAGUGGAAGGGAACUCUGUUGUAAUCAGGAGAAUCAACGAGGGUCCAUUGUGGCUGUUUGAAGUGCAUCCUAUAAUUUGUCCUGCAAAUCACUUUGGAAUAAACUGUGCUAAAUGUAGGAAGACAUGUGUUUCCUGUAACCCUAUAUCUGGGGUAUGCAACCAGUGCAGAGGAUCUUUGUAUGGUGAUUAUUGUCAACAUCAAUGUCCAUUAACCUGCACUGUGAUGAAAUGUGACCAACAAACCGGACGUUGUCAUAGUUGUAGAGAAGGUUACACUGGAAAAUACUGUGAUUUCCAAAUCACGACCACCUAUAACAAAACUGAAGUGGUGACCAUCAACACAGAUUCUGAGCGGAACAAGCCUCGUACUGUUGUGAUGGAUGUUUACAUAGAUGACAAUAAUGAAGGAGACCAAAAUCAAUUCCCAAUCCUGUUGGUGACACUGAGUGCAGUGGUUGUUUUAUUACUAGUGGUUGUCGUAAUUCUUUUCGUAUCAAGGUGGAAUAAUCUAAGGUCAAAAAAAGAUAAGAAAUGUCCCCCUCCAAAGAAUCUUCCAAGAUCGGAGUCGAAAAAUGAGUCAGAGUUAGAGGAGAUCCCUCAAAACGAGGCUGGAUAUGCAGAAGAAGAAGUUAUUGUCGUAGAAUACAGUAAUUUGACGUCACAAAGGGUUUCAAAAGAGCAGUUUAUCGAGGAGUUCCCGGAGAGAAAACGCAAUGGUACACUACAAAAGGAAUUUAAUGACCUUCCAAGUGGACUGCUAGAAUCCUACUCAAACGCACUUAAGAUUUCAAACAGGAGCGGUAACAGAUACAAAGAAAUUUAUCCCUAUGACUAUAAUCGUGUAAAGUUAAUCAGAACAGAAGAUAAUAAAGACGAUGAUUUUGUUAAUGCUUCAUACAUUCAUGGUUUCGUCAAAGAACGUGCUUACAUAGCUGCACAAGGUCCUUUCAAUCCCAAAACAUUAGAGGAUUUCUGGACCGUAAUAUGGCAGAACGACUCAACGAGAAUUGUUAUGCUGACCAGUCUGUACGAAGGAGAUAAGAUGAAGUGUCUGAAGUACUGGCCUGACACAGAUCUGGACAUUGGUCCAUACACCAUUAGACUGGACACAGUGGAUGUGUAUGACAACUACAUCUUGCGCUAUUUGAUCGUUUAUUGUCAGGAAGAAGAAAAAAGAGUGACACAGUUUCAUUUCACCACGUGGCCCGACAACUCUGUUCCAGAGGAGUUGACGUCACUCAUCUGCUUCCGGAAUUUAGUUAAGAAUGGUAUGAUGUCAUCAGACGGACCAAUUGUUGUUCACUGCAGCGCAGGGAUUGGUAGAACAGGGACAUUUAUCGCCCUUGAUUAUCUCCUGGAAGAGGGCGCUGCUGAGCAGACGAUUGACGUCAAAGGAUAUAUAGCUGCUCUUAGACAUCAACGCGGGAAAUCUAUACAGACAUGCGAGCAGUAUAUCUUCCUGCAUGACUCACUGAUAGAAGGAUUCACAAAUAACAGUGCUCGCAGGAGCGUGUUGUCGGUACUUUAAAACCAUAUUGGAGUACUGUGUGAACUGUCCAUUGUUUUUUGUUUU